AUGGACUGUGAUCGUGAGGAUGAUGUAGGUGGUCGUGUGCUUUCUUUUGCCUUUUCGGGCUCCGCUUAUUCCCCGAAUUCUCCUCAUCUGCACACCCUCGUUCCUGCUACGUACCAACCUCCCCCAUAUUUCUGUUUUUGUCCAUCACAUUCUCCUUUUACAUCGCUGGAUCCUUUCCUUUCCUCACAACACCCUCUUCCCUGUCGCUUGUUAUCCAUCACUCAACUCUCUGUCGCUUUCUCCACUCAAUUAAUGACCCGUCGACAGCCUCGGGUACUUGCAGUUCGAUUCCCUGCCGACGGAAAGAGCCAUUCCAUGCAGCAGACCUGCUUCUAG